GCGCAGGCCUGGCUUCCGAGCAGCUGAAGCCCUCAGAUGCCAGAAGCUGGGCAGCAGAGCAGCAGCGUGCAGUCAGCAAGCAUCUCCACACAGCUGUGCUAGCGGCGAAUACACACAUACACACGCGCACACACACAGAGACAUACACACACCACACACACACACACACAGACAUACACGCACAGAGAUAUGUCGAUGGCACCGUGGGAAGAUCCUGCAUCGCGCAGUAGACUCGCACCGUGGCGCGGGUGGUCGUCGUCGUCGCCGUCGCCGUCGCCCUUCAUGGAAGACUUCGACCGAGAGGUAGAACGCUUCCGUCGCGAGAUGCGAGAGCGCUGGGAGAGAGAGGAAGAAACCCGCCGCCGCUGGUGGAGCGAGAAAGCCGUCGAGCCGUGGCGAGGCGGAGAACCUCUGCGCGCGAUCGAGCCGUGGAGGAGAGGAGAACCCACCGACUUCCUUCCUCUGGCGGCGUUCAGUCACCCUGGUCCGCGCGACGGCAUGAUGACACAGGACGUCGUCGAGAAGAACGGGAAAAAGAAGCUUCAGAUUCACUUCGACGUGCGAAACUACCGACCGGACGAGAUCAAGGUUACCCUGGAUGCCGAUACCCUGAAAGUCGACGCCAAGCACGAGGAGACCGGAGACCAGGGGCACGUCUACCGCGAGUUCCAUCGUCAGUUCACGCUGCCACCACACCUGAAGCUGGACGAGAUGAGCUCUCAGCUUGGACAGGACGGAAGCCUGGCAGUGGAGGUGCCCUACACACGACAGGACCGCGCCCAACCGCAGGCGAUACCGAUCGAAUUCGUCGGUCAACCUCGCAUCACCAACAAGUAGAUCGAUCUCGUCGUCGGUUAUCGAUAUAGUUACGAUUGAUUGAUUUUUUCCAGUUUCGUGAUGCGCGCGCGUGGCGGAUAUCUCACCUAUAUAUCUGUCACCUUCAUUGCAACGUGUAGUGUAACUGUGUAGUUACGUGAAUUCGUAGUGGCCGCGUGUCAAAUUACAGUGACAGUGAAUCAGGAAUCGCGUCAUCACGUGUACGAAAUCUGUCAUUACGCAUAUCGGCCGUCCACAUGCGCUUGGUUAUAUAUGCGCGCUACUGCAGAGGCAAACCGAACGACUUCAUACUGAUUAAAAUUUCACGAUGAAAACAGUAGAACUGUUGUUGGAUUGCUCGCAUUUGCCUGCGUUGCUCUUACCUUCAUCAGGUAACAUUCAGACGCACUAGACAACUAGAACGUAUAGCGCGUAGCUUACGUGUAGUGAUAUUGACAUGCUUGGACAUCUAGAGACAGUAAUAUCAUGACCGUCCUCAUUGCAGCUUUUAUUUCAAGGAUCUCGAUAACAAACGUUUGCAAGGCUUGACAGCAACCGUAAUUAUUUCGCGCGUGAAUGAAAAUGAUAAUGAUAAAUAUAAAUAUAAUAUUGAACAGAUAUGAAAUGAUAAAGAUCGACUAUACUCUCUAAUUUGCAAACACGGCCGUCAUAUUCUGUUAUUAAUAUUAAUUAUGUUACUGUAACUAAUGAGGUGAAAUCGAGAUAAAAAGUAUUUCGACAAUCAAAAAAUCGCGAUCUUCGGUAAUUAUAUUUUUGUUGCGUUGUUGGCGGUUAGCGUUCCGAUAUGAAAUGCUGUACUCUCUCGGCUCUAGCGGGCUCUCUGCGAUGCGGUAUUAAUAGCCCCGUGUUUACAUACAGUAAGUGCGCCAGCUUCAUUCCUCGAUGUUUGCAUUUACUUUUCACAAGAGUCUGCAAUACAGCGCGUGUUAAUAUCGCAGAUAUAUUAUAUAUUAUUAUGGUAAAUACAGUAGGUUUGUGCCCAGCGAAGUAUUGAAAUGGUGUUUAUCUUGUGCGAGAGGCGCGGACUUUCGUGUUUGACGCGAUGAUAACGGUAACACCUAUGCGUGCUUUGGAGGCUAUAUCUAUGUACGUAUAUCGGUAUGUGGCUAUAUCGUACAUCACUGAUAUCUCAUCAUAGCAUAUAUCAUAGCAUAUCUUAUACUCACAAAAUUAAUGUUACUCAAAGUGUACACAGUAAUUGGAUGAUAUCGUAGACGUUUAUUAACGACCGAAAGAUGCAUGUCGGCUGUGAGUAUAAGCAGACCUGGGUUUAUGGUGGAGAGCUAAUGUAGAACGCCACAUGUUGACGACUGAAGCCUGGCUGAAGACAUAAGCAGCAUGUAGCCGAGCAUGCCUUCGUGGGUAAAAAUGUUCACCAGACGCGCGCUCAACUAAUACAUGUACACGCCAUGUCCGCGGAAGCAAUAAACAUAAUAAUCAUAACAUUAAAUUUA